AUGAUCUCCACAAGCGUCGGUGAGUCGAUCCCGCCAAACACCAAACACGCUGUUUCGGUGUGUCUUCCCACUUGGGCAGCAACCGUGGGUUACGAAGAGGGCGAUCCAGCCGUGGUAAAAAACAUGACCACCGGGUAUCCACGGUUUUUCAUCCACAAAUUGAUCCAAAAACUGUGCAGCAACCUGGCGGCCAAGUUCGCCAAAGAGGACGAAACUUGUCUGGUUUUCCCCAGUUAUCAGGUCGCGAAAAGAUGUCGAGAAUUCGUCAGAAUCAAGGGCAAUGGCACCGCUCGCGUUCGAAUCCUACAGCUUGCUACUCCACCGCCGGCUACCGACGAAGAACGGUCUUGGCGUCGUGAAUGUCGAAUUUCGGUCGUUUUCGUCGCUAAAGACUCGUUCGGACUUCUAAAACAGUACUGGCAACACACAGGCGAGAUCGUCAGCAGUCGGAUGGCAGAAUACGUUUUGCAAGAGCUUUCGCUGGUGGAAAAAAGAGAGCAGAGUCGCAAAACGCCCACCGACGACAAGACAGUGAGCAAUGCCGAGAUCAAGGACGAAGAAGAUUUCAUUGAAAAACGGUUUGGAAGAAAUUUGGACCUUUCGUCAGCAGAGCGUGCCAAGCUUUUGAUCAAACGCAGAAUCGCUCGUAAAGUCGUCGACGUUGAGGGUGAGGACGGAGAAACUCCCCGCAUGCACGAACUCAGCAUCACAACUCCAAACGAGGCCAACGGCGGCCAAUCUAUGGUCACUUCCACGGACUCAAGUAUACCUGCAGAAGAAAUCCAGCAAGAAGAACAUGCACCCGAGCCCGUGCCGUUGCAGGAGGGCAUACAUGUAAACGCAGAGCGCGACGUGUACCUUUUCCCCAGCGGCAUGGCCUCUAUUUUCACCGCUCACAGACUUUUACUGUCGCUAGACGCAUGUCGCGUUCGUCGCAGACCUACGUCGCAAGGUGAACGUAUUGAUACUCCCGGGAUUCACUCGCCCAACACUGGGGCGUUGGAAGUGGUCGGUUACGGCACACCUUACAAGAAAACUGUCAUGUUUGGAUUUCCUUACACCGACACACUCUCGAUUCUGAGAAAAUUCAACCAUACCCACUUUUUGGGAGACGGCGACGGCAACUCCAUGCAGCAGUUGAAAGAGAUCUUGCAUUCUGGAGAGCAGAUUCUUGCGGUCUUCAUGGAGGCACCCUCAAACCCGCUACUGAAGAUGGGUGAUCUUAUUGAGCUACGAGAGCUAGCGGACGCCUAUGGGUUCUACAUUGUGGUAGACGAAACCGCAGGGGGGUUUGUAAAUAUCGACGUGCUACCCCAUGCGGAUAUCGUGUGUUCUUCACUAACCAAAAUCUUUAGUGGGGAUUCCAAUGUCAUGGCCGGUUCUCUGGUUUUGAAUCCACGUUCGCCGCUAUAUGGAUUUGCACAACAGUUUUUCCAGAACGGUGACUACGAGGACCUACUUUGGUGCGAAGACGUGAUAUAUCUCGAGCGUAACUCUCGUGAUUUCGUUUCAAGAACACUGACAGUGAACAGUAACACCAAACAACUAUUAGACGACGUUUUGAUUCCUCAGGAGGGCAAAUUGUUUAAAAAGAUAUUCUACCCGAGCUUGACCUCAGACGACACUACCAAGAACUACGACACUGUGAGAUGCGCCAAAGGUGGCUACGGGGGCCUGUUUUCGCUCACAUUUUUCUCGGAAACCCAGGCACAAGUCUUCUUCGAUUCCUUACAACUGUGCAAGGGUCCAUCUCUGGGGACCAAUUUCACGCUGGCGUGUCCGUACGCGGUUCUGGCCCACUACGGUGAGCUGGAAGAAGUGGCCAAGUACGGCGUGGAGCGGAACUUGGUUCGUGUCAGUGUGGGUCUCGAGAGUCCACAGGCGUUGAAAGAGACCUUCAGAUUUGCAGUGGCCGAAGCUGAAAAAAGGGCCACCACCUCGAGCAAAGAGCUCCCUUGA